AUGGCCUCCCCAACAUGGCCUCCCCAACAUGGCCUCCCCAACAUGGCCUCCCCAACCAUGGCCUCCCCAGCAUGGCCUCCCCAACAUGACCUCUCCAACAUGACCUCCCCAACAUGGCCUCCCCAACAAAUUCCUCCAAAACUCUGCAGCUCGCAUCAUCACCCGGACCCCUACAGCGACCACAUCACUCCUCCUCCACCCCACCACCCUGCCACACCUGCUCCUCCUCCACCCUGCCACACCUGCUCCUCCUCCACCCUGCCACUCCUGCUCCUCCUCCACCCUGCCACACCUGCUCCUCCUCCACCCUGCCACUCCUGCUCCUCCUCCACCCUGCCACACCUGCUCCUCCUCCACCCUGCCACUCCUGCUCCUCCUCCACCCUGCCACUCCUGCUCCUCCUCCACCCUGCCACACCUGCUCCUCCUCCACCCUGCCACUCCUGCUCCUCCUCCACCCUGCCACUCCUGCUCCUCCUCCACCCUGCCACUCCUGCUCCUCCUCCACCCUGCCACUCCUGCUCCUCCUCCACCCUGCCACUCCUGCUCGUGCUCCACCCUGCCACUCGUGCUCGUCCUCCACCCUGCCACUCCUGCUCCUCCUCCACCCUGCCACUCGUGCUCGUCCUCCACCCCUGCCACUCCUGCUCCUCCUCCACCCUGCCACUCCUGCUCGUGCUCCACCCUGCCACUCGUGCUCGUCCUCCACCCUGCCACUCGUGCUCAUGCUCCACCCUGCCACUCGUGCUCGUCCUCCACCCUGCCACUCGUGCUCCUCCUCCACCCUGCCACUCGUGCUCAUCAUGCUCCACCCUGCCACUCCUGCUCCUCCUCCACCCUGCCACUCGUGCUCGUCCUCCACCCUGCCACUCCUGCUCCUCCUCCACCCUGCCACUCCUGCUCCUGCUCCACCCUGCCACUCCUGCUCCUCCUCCACCCUGCCACUCCUGCUCCUGCUCCACCCUGCACCUCCUGCUCCUCCUCCACCCUGCCACUCCUGCUCCUCCUCCACCCUGCCACUCCUGCUCCUCCUCCACCCUGCCACACCUGCUCCUCCUCCACCCUGCCACUCCUGCUCCUCCUCCACCCUGCCACUCCUGCUCCUCCUCCACCCUGCCACUCCUGCUCCUGCUCCACCCUGCCACUUCCUGCUCCUCCUCCACCCUGCCACUCCUGCUCCUGCUCCACCCUGCACCUCCUGCUCCUCCUCCACCCUGCCACUCCUGCUCCUCCUCCACCCUGCCACACCUGCUCCUCCUCCACCCUGCCACUCCUGCUCCUCCUCCACCCUGCCACUCCUGCUCCUCCUCCACCCUGCCACACCUGCUCCUCCUCCACCCUGCAACUAAAUGAUCCUUGA